CCCAAAGUCCGUCCUCCCCGUUAGGCGGCUAGCGCCGGAGGGGAGGGGAUAGCCAGGAAGGCAGGAAGCUGUGGCUUAAAAGGGCAGCCCGCGCCGGGCCCUUCCUCCCUCCGUCCGUCUCCGGGCCUGUGAGAGCGCUUCUCCUCCGUGGCCUCCGUCCCGCCGCCAUGUACCGGUGCCUGGGUGAAGCGCUGCUGCUGUCCCGCAUCGGGCCCGCCGCCCUGGGUUCCGUGGCUGCCGACUCGGCCGUGCUGCUGGGCCGGGCCCGCGGGCAGGCUGCCGCAGCCGUCGCCGCCCCGCAGCCGGGGCUUGUGCCACCCGCUCGGCGACACUACAGCGAGGCGGCGGCCGACCGCGAGGACGACCCCAACUUCUUCAAGAUGGUGGAGGGCUUCUUUGACCGCGGUGCCAGCAUCGUGGAGGACAAGCUGGUGGAGGACCUCAAGACCCGGGAGACCGAGGAGCAGAAGCGGAACCGGGUGCGUGGCAUCCUGCGGAUCAUCAAGCCCUGCAACCAUGUGCUGAGCCUGUCCUUCCCCAUCCGGCGCGACGACGGCUCCUGGGAAGUCAUCGAGGGCUACCGGGCCCAGCACAGCCAGCACCGCACGCCCUGCAAGGGAGGUAUCCGUUACAGCACUGAUGUGAGUGUAGAUGAAGUAAAAGCUCUGGCUUCUCUGAUGACAUAUAAGUGUGCAGUGGUUGAUGUGCCAUUUGGGGGUGCCAAAGCUGGUGUGAAGAUCAAUCCCAAGAACUAUACUGAUAAUGAAUUGGAAAAGAUCACAAGGAGGUUCACCAUGGAGCUGGCCAAGAAGGGCUUUAUUGGUCCUGGCAUUGAUGUGCCUGCCCCCGACAUGAGCACAGGCGAGCGGGAGAUGUCCUGGAUUGCUGACACCUACGCAAGCACCAUAGGGCACUACGAUAUUAAUGCCCAUGCCUGUGUUACUGGUAAGCCCAUCAGUCAGGGUGGAAUCCAUGGACGGAUCUCUGCUACUGGCCGGGGAGUUUUCCAUGGGAUUGAAAACUUCAUCAAUGAGGCUUCUUACAUGAGUAUUUUAGGAAUGACACCAGGAUUUGGAGAUAAAACAUUUGCGGUUCAGGGAUUUGGUAAUGUGGGCCUGCACUCGAUGAGAUACUUACAUCGUUUUGGUGCUAAAUGUGUUGCUGUUGGUGAGUCUGAUGGCAGCAUAUGGAAUCCAGAUGGUAUUGACCCAAAGGAACUGGAAGACUUCAAAUUGCAACAUGGAACAAUCCUGGGCUUCCCCAAAGCAAAGAUCUAUGAAGGGAGCAUCUUGGAGGUUGACUGUGACAUACUGAUCCCUGCUGCCAGCGAGAAGCAGCUGACCAAGUCCAACGCACCAAGAGUCAAAGCCAAGAUCAUUGCUGAAGGUGCCAAUGGACCGACAACUCCAGAAGCUGAUAAGAUUUUCCUAGAGAGGAACAUCAUGGUUAUUCCAGAUCUCUACUUGAAUGCUGGAGGAGUGACAGUGUCUUACUUUGAGUGGCUGAAGAAUCUAAAUCAUGUCAGCUAUGGUCGUUUGACCUUCAAAUAUGAACGGGAUUCUAACUACCACUUGCUUAUGUCUGUUCAAGAGAGUUUGGAAAGGAAAUUUGGAAAACAUGGUGGAACUAUUCCCAUUGUACCCACAGCAGAGUUCCAAGACAGGAUAUCGGGUGCCUCUGAGAAAGACAUCGUGCACUCUGGUUUAGCUUACACCAUGGAGCGCUCUGCCAGGCAAAUCAUGCGCACAGCCAUGAAGUAUAACCUGGGACUGGACCUGAGAACGGCCGCCUACGUCAACGCCAUCGAGAAGGUCUUCAAGGUGUACAAUGAGGCUGGCGUGACCUUCACAUAGACCAGGCUGUGGCUGACUUCCUCACUGCCCUUUCACCUCUUCAUCUGCAGACCUAUCACGAGUUUACAUGUAACCACAGAAAUCUCUCUCUCAUGACUUAACAGAUAAUGGACACCAUUCGCAACAAGUCAAUCCAAAUCAGCCCCUUAAGAAAAAAAAUUAAGGUUAGGGGAUCAUAUAUAAGCUAAUAGGUGAUCGUAGAAAUUAGCUAUUCCAGAGAGUCGUUUGGGCAUUCUGCCUUUAAGUAGUUUCUCCCACCUGCCUGUGCUGCCUUUCUCCAUGGCUGCUCCUCGGCACAGUCGGCUGUGGCCCUAGGAAGGCACCUGCCAGCCAAGACCAGUCGGUCACUUGCCGCUUCGGCUCUGAACACGUCUGUCAGGAGCUUUGACACACGUAAGGAGCAGGUACGUGGCAUUUUCAGGAGGUAGCAUGGUUCUCAAGUGAAUUAUUGGUAUUUUACAUCAGCAAAAUAACUCGAUUUUACAGGUUACAAACAAAAACAAAAAACUGUUUCUCUUUAUGUAUUUUAUUUUAGAAAAAGUACAUGCUGCUGUAAGAAAAUUGCCUUUAAUCAUUUAACAAGCCUAACCUUGACUCAAGCAGUGAAUGCCUAUAAACAUAAUAAAUGAAAAAAGCUAGUAUUUUUAUAACAUAAAACAGUAUCAUUUAUAGCUUGUCAAUUGCAUACUGUCAUCCAGCAAAAAUAAAAAGCCCAGUAGAGAAUUAAGUUAUCUUCAUACCUGCAAAUGAUGGAGGCUAUUUUUGUUAAGGCUGUCGGAAUUUACUAACCACAAUUAUGAUAUAUAGUCCAAAGAAUGUAGUAACCUCCUUAUCAUGUUAAUUAAUUGUUCUCUUUUGAAGAUCUGUUGCAUUGACUAAUUGAACGAUAAUUCAAGUAGAGUGUCCCAGAAAAAACUGCUUGGGCUCCCUCUUCGGAGUCUGGCUGGCAGCGCUGAGCAUUGUCAAUUGCCCCAACUCGCCCUGACUUUGUGUCCUCGUUUAGAGGCCUCAUCUUUGCACACGGCUUCGUCCCCAGUGGGCUGGAAGCAACCUGGGGUGUGUUUUGUUGGGAGUUGUUUGGCCAGGGCCUAGCAGUGCCCCAAUGAAGUACUAGAGAGUAUUUAUGUAAGAAUGAGCUUUUCUUUUUUUUUUUUUUUAAACAAUAAUAUCCUUUUAGAAAUUUCUAACUACUUUGUAACUGCAUGACUUAACCUGGUGAUAAAACAGUUAUUAAAAAGACUACCUUUUCCAAA